CUAAUUAGGUUGCUUUGAUGGCUUCUUAUUUUUUCAAUCGAGCUUCACCUAAAUCAAUACUACACUGAGUUCAAACUCAGUAAUAAUAAGUAAACAGCUUUGAUGAGCCAUGAGUGGCUCACGAUUACUCUUUUGGAGUCUACCUAGCAUUCACUACUUUGAUUAAAACAACCGGCUCAGUGGUGUAGGAAUAAUUUUAGAGACCUACAUUUGCUCUAUAUAAAUACACAAAUCAAAGGAGAUACCGCUGAAGAAAGAGAAAGAGACACCAUGGAGGUGAAGGAUGUGCUUUUCAUGAGCAAAGGAGAUGGAGAAAGUAGCUUCUUUCAAAACUCUUAUUUUACGCAAAAAGUAGUGGCUAUGUCGAAGCCUGCACUAGAAAAGGUAGUUGAAUCUCUGGUCUCUGAAGAUUUUUCCUCAUACCACGUUCUAAACGUAGCGGAUUUGGGCUGUUCUUCCAAUUCAACCACAUAUGCAAUAAUGGAAACUGUGAUAGAUAGUGUGAAAAGAAAAUGCAAGGAAUUGAAUUAUCAAAUUCCAGAGUUUCAAUUUUACUUGAACGAUCUGCCAGGGAAUGACUUCAACACGCUCUUCAAAGGUUUGCCUAACUUUGUUGAAAAAUACGAGGGUCUUCCUUGUUUUGUGGUGGGGUGCCCAGGCUCUUUCCAUGGCCGGCUUUUCCCCAAAAACAGCAUGCAUCUUGUUCAUUCCUCCUACGGUGCCCAUUGGCUCUCCAAGGCACCGAGGCUCAUGGAUAAAGAAGGAUUGCCAUUAAACAAGGGGAAAGUUUACAUAUCUAAAACCAGUCUUCCUGCUGUUAAAGAAGAAUAUCUUGCUCAAUUUCAAGAAGACUUCAGCUUGUUUCUCAAUUCACGCUCACAUGAGAUGACACGCGAUGGUCGAGUUAUCUUGACAAUCCAUGGAAGGCUAUCGGAAGAUCCCAUAUAUGAAUUGACCUGGGAACCUUUAGCUGAGGCUAUAGUUGACAUGGUUUCUCUGGGAUUGAUUCCUGAAGAGAAGUUAGACUCUUUUAAUGUGCCAUAUUACAUUCCAUCACAAAAGGAAGUGAAGGAUAUAGUGGACAGGGAGGGAUCCUUUGAACUUGAGCUGCUGGAGACAUUUCCAAUUAAGGAGGGAGACAAAAGCGUAUGGAAUAGCCAUGAAAAAUACAUUAAAAACCUCAGGUCUUUCACAGAGUCCAUGGUUUCACACCACUUCGGAGUGGAAAUAGUUGACAAACUGUAUGGUAAAUUUGCCCAAAUAAUGCUCCGGGAUUUGGCUACGCAUACAGAACCCAGAGAAGUCAUAAGCUUUGUUGUUGUGUUAAGGAGAUUGUAAAUUAAACUUACCAUAUGAAUUGGACUGAAGGAAAUGUUUAUUGUGAAUAAUGUAUGAAUUAUUUCUUUUCUUCA